AAGCUCUUCCGGGUCAAAUAUUUUUAUUUUGUCGCCAUGAGAGAGGGCGAGUUUAGAACAGGGUGGCAGGCUGGCUGCCAUGGCACGGAUCUCCCAGCAGAGUCUGGCGGAUGCUCUCCAGGCCAUCCAUCAGGUUGGCGGACAUGCAGCGACUGAUCCGCAGUCAUUGGACGAGACACUUCUGUUAGUCAGGAACCGGAUUAGAAUCGGUGAAACAAAUGGGUCCCUGGAACAACAGAGACAAGGUCUCCUUCACUGUUUGCGUCCGCUGUGGAGUUUCGUGAUGGCACUUCAGCUGCCACCAAUGACAGAAGACAUGCGAGCAGAUUUGAUUUGGAACCUGUACGCAUCUAGUGUGGCCAGGACACAAAUGGCCUCGGCAUUUAGAUUUGUCAGAGCAAACCUCCGCGGUGGCAUGGCGCCCUCAGCCACAGAGCUGGCGCUUUCAGUGGCUUCAAGCGGCAUGGCCACCAGCCAACACCUUUGGAGAGGAGUCGACCUGACAUCCUUGCACGCUCGUCGCUGCAGUGGGCAAGUGCUGGUGGCUGAAACCGACAUUCUCAGCCAGUGGCUCGAGACACCCCAGUCCCUGACUUUGAUCCCGCGUUUGGAGGAGAACCUCCGUCAGCAACUCAUCGCAGCUUGCACCUCCGUGACUCUUUCCAUGCCAAGCGCUCAGUUGUCACUUGAAGAACUCCAACUGGAUGGAGUCUACCAGGCAGGACGAAUUUGGGGUUCUCUUCAUGGCAGUGGCAAAAUCUAAAUUCAGUUUGAUUCGUCUGUGGUCACCUUUGUUCCCCGGUGGAGCAACCCCGUCUGGGCGCAUUGGGGUAUUCCUCUCGAUGGUG